GUUGCGUUUUGUGCUCAAAGAAGCUAUCGUACGGGUCAAGCACAAGUUCGAUGCACAAACAUUUGAAAUCCUUUCAUCCGAGGGAUGCUAGAACUUUAACUCAGGGCGCAUCUACGCCAAAAAGUCAAGUUCAAGAUCCAUCAACGACAGCGGAACAACCCAUUACCAAGUCGAGUGAAACUGGCCGAACGAACCUUACACAACCUUCUUUGAUGGUAAGUUCAAUGCAUUUUUAAAUAUUAAAAAAUGUUAUAGUUUGCAAUCAUUAAAAGGCGUUGCAUUUUUAAAGUGACCCCUAGAAAUAAAACGUUUGAAAUCACCAAUAUAUUUAUAUGAACAAGUAUUAUUGAUCGGUAAUUAUAAUUUUCUUAAAUUGAAUGGAAUUCUUGUCAAAAAUAUUUUCUAAGACAUUUCUUUUUAUUUCUGUUCUAAUCACAGACACAUUUCCAAUCAGUGACCCCUUAUACAAGCGGUUCCGUACGACAGAAGGAAUUGACGUCGGCCGUUGCUAAAUUCAUCGUAACGGGAAUGAGACCAAUUUACAUUGUGGAAGAGAAAGGCUUUCGGGAUAUGAUUAAAGUUUUCGAUCCACGCUACAGUUUACCAUCAAGGAAAACUUUCUCCACAACCGUCAUUCCCAGAAUGUAUGACAUCGUCAGAGAGCAAACUGUCCUACCCCGCCUCGAACGAGCAACUUCAGUUGCCAUAACAACGGAUAUGUGGACGAGCCGUGCUUCUGAUCAAUACAUUGGCGUCACGGUUCACUUCAUUGAUGAUGAUUGGAAGAUGGGAAGUUUUACCCUUGAAAACAGAGAACUCCCCCCGCCGCAUGACAAUGAACAUAUUGCUGAAGUUUUGAGAGCUAUUAUUGCACAGUGGGCUCUUGAAAACAAAGUCAGUGCCGUUGUCACGGACAAUGCCACUAAUAUCACGAAGGCUGUUCGUGAAGGGUUGUCCCUCCCUAAUAUCCCAUGUUUUGGGCACACCCUAAACCUAGUAGUGAAGGCUGGGUUAAAAUGUCGUGGAAUACAGACAACACUUGCCAGAUGCUCAAAACUUGUAGAAUUUGUUCAUCGCUCGGCGAAAGCUAAAUAUUGUUUAGCAUCACAUCAAAAAAACCUGAAUGUUCCCGAGCACAAGCUAAUACAGGACGUAGAAACCAGGUGGGGGUCAACUCAUGACAUGCUGAGGCGAAUUCUAGAGCAACAGCAACCGAUAUCAAAUCUAUUGAUCGAAACAAAGAGGAAGGAGCUUGAUUUAUCAGAUCGGGAAGUGUCCAUCGCAGAACAAUUAGUUGAACUGCUUCAACCUCUAAAAGAGAUCACUGAGUCCCUCUCAAGUGAAUCCCAAGUAACUAUAUCUAACAUUAUCCCAACAAUAUGCAUGUUGGAGCAUAUAUUUGAAGUUGAUGGUAAUGAUCUACCUGAUAUAGUAGCAGUGAAGCGGCAAAUGUCAGAGAAGCUAGCCCAAUACUAUGUUGAACAAGAUAUUCAAGAUUUUCUGUCGAUUUCCGCUUUUUUAGAUGGGCGCUUCAAACGACUCCUCUUUUUUCAAGAGGAAAAGCGAGCCAGAGUUUGUGAUGUUGUAGCACGAGAACUAACCGAAAACAUUUCAGCCGAACGCAGGAUGCAUGAACCAGCAUCCGAUAUUGACAUCGAUGGCGAAUCAGAAGGGCAGCCAAAAACAAAAAAGCAGAAGAGUUUGGCAUACCUCAUAAGUCAAACGAUUGGCGAACUUGACGAAGAGGAAAAUCUUCCUCGAACUUCCCCCGAGAGUGAGGCACGAGAUGAGAUAAAUCGUUAUCUCCGCGAGCCAAAAGUAAGGAUGUCUGGCGAUCCUCUCUCUUGGUGGAAGUUGGAAGAAGGGAAAUUCCCUACUUUGGCUGCCAUGGCGCGAAAAUACCUGUGUACUCCCGCAACAAGUGUUCCAUCUGAACGAUUGUUCAGUGUUGCAGGGAACAUUGUCACAGCCAAACGAUCAUUGCUUACGCCCGAAAAUGUUGGUAUGCUCACAUUUCUCCAUGACAAUACACCAAAAUAAGACUAAAAUAUGAUAACUGCAAGCAAACAGCAUUUCAUAUAAGCUAGCAAUUAUAAUAUGGCUUUGGGAUUAUCAUGUGAAUUUUAGUCUCUUACUCAUGCACGCAAUGGCCCUGAUUUGCUUUGUUAAAAAUUGUAACCUCACAUGUAAACUUAUCCACUUAUUAGUGCAUCCAGCAGUUUGAUGUUUAUUAUAGUAUCUCUCUCUCUCUCUCUCUCUCUCUGAACAAGGAUCAACAUUUUCUUUUCCCCAAGCUAAAAAGAAUCGUCAUGUAUAAACUCAGUAAAUAUACUUAAUGUACUAAACUAUCAAAACGAAUUUACCGUUAGAAUGAACAGUGGAUAUACCUGUACUUAUUUCCGAUUUAUUUCAUUGUCGACGUUCUUUUGAACGCUGAUAAAUGAUAACACAAUUUUGUAUGCAAACUUUCAAGUUGUAUGAUAUAAAAUGACUUUUCUCUCAAUCAUGGUAUAUAUUGGAGUUGAAAUUGAGAUGAAAAUGGUUUUAAGGAGUUGUAAAAGAUAUUCGCUUGUUGUACAAGAAAACAUCAGGUAUAAACAAGAGUCAGUUUAUCCCUUUAAAAAAAUUCAUCACG